AUGGCUGCAAAGUUUUUCUUGUCGUUCCGUCGAGCGAAUUACUCGCAAUUGAGAACUGUUGAGAGCUCGCUGCCUGCUAACGCCACUCCUCGUUCAACAUCGUCUCUUUCACUUUCCACAUGGUACUUUGGAGACCUGUCUCACGUGAAGGCAGAGGAGCUGCUGAGUCGACCUGGACUGAGGUCUGGGACGUUUCUCGUGAGAAAGAGCUCCUCCUGUCCUGGCAGCUUUGCUCUGUCUGUGCUGAACCAGGGGAAGGUCUUCCACUAUCUUAUCAUUGGAGACAGCAGCGGAGGCGUGUAUGUUGGACUGACCAGUGAGAGGAAAGUGCUCAACACGAUGGAAGAACUCGUCACCUACUACAGAUCUGGUAGCAACUUCCUAGUUUGCAAGCUGACCGACAGCUGUCCAAAGUCCUCGGUGGACUCCGCCUCUCUUGAGAUCGAGCGCUCCUCUCUCGUCCUCCGCGAGAGACUCAGCAGCAGUGGCAGUGACGACAUGUGGUACGGGAUCUGGACCAGAGAAGGGAGGAAAUUACCAGUCCACGUGCGGAGGUUGUCCCAACAGCUGUACAGCAAGACCGACGUGAUACACGAGACGGACAUGACUCGCCAACUGGCUGCUCAACUGGUGGACCUCCUGCACGCCAUGCAGUGA